AUGUCCGAUCGAUAUCAACUAUGGGGAGGAUGUUUUGAGGAAGAGCCCUCUGCGGUGUUACGUCGUUUAAAUGAUUCUCUGCCAAUAGAUUCACGACUCUACCGCGAAGAUAUCCGAGGUAGUAAAGCAUGGGCUACGGAGCUACAUCUAAUUGGACAUCUAUCUACACAAGACAACGAAGCUAUUCAACGAGGACUAGACGAAGUUGAGAAACAGAUCGAAAGGGAAAUCUCUAGCAAGGGACGCCUAUACGAUUCUGAAGAGGACAUACACUCUGUUGUUGAAAGACGUUUAAAAGAACACGCUGGUGAAGCUGCCCUGCGUUUGCACACUGCGCGGAGUCGUAACGACCAAUCAGCUACUGAGACUAAGCUGUGGAUGUUAACCUCAUUUGAAAGGGUUAAAAAUCAAAUUAUACGUCUUAUAUCAGUUAUGUUAAAACGAGCAGAGCAAGAAAUAGAUAUCAUAUUUCCUGGAUAUACCCACCUCCAACGGGCUCAACCUAUUCGAUGGAGUCAUUAUUUGAUGAGCUACGUUUGGGCCUUUCGAGACGAUGUCAUAAGGUUAGAAGAGCAAGGGAAUCGCUUGUCUUCUUGUCCCCUCGGCAGUGGAGCUAUCGCUGGCUGCGCUUUGCCAAUUGAUCGAAGAAGAUUAGCUAAUUCUCUGGGAUUUCAAAAUGUCACUCCUAACUCUAUGUUGGCGGUUGGCUCAAGAGACCACAUAGUCGAAUUUCUCAACUGGGCAUCACUAUGCGGAACUCAUCUCAGCAGAUUAGCAGAAGAUUUAAUAAUUUACAGCUCUCAAGAAUUUGGCUUUAUACAGCAUUCGGACCAGUUUUCUACAGGUUCCAGUUUAAUGCCUCAAAAACGAAAUCCUGACGGUUUAGAGCUUAUACGAGGAGCGGCAGGACAUUUACACGGAGACACAUUCGCGUUUAAUUGUAUAUUAAAAGGCUUACCCAGUACAUACAAUAAGGAUUUGCAGUCGGAUAAAGAAAUAUUAUUCAGAUCAUACGACCGUUUGCUAGAUUGCUUGAAAGUUGUUGUUGGAACAGUCGCUACUAUGAAAAUCGAUGCCGAUAAAGCCCGCGGCUUACUCUCGGCAGGUAUGCUGGCAACGGACCUUGCGCACGCGCUGGUGCGGCGCGGUGUGCCGUUCCGACGCGCGCACCACAUCGUGGGCGCCGUUCUGCGCCGCGCUGCUGAACUACGUUGCGACCUGCAGCAACUGCCACACCACGAGUACCUAGCUAUUUGUUCUGAGUUUGGAACAGAAGAAGAACUAAGGAAAAUUUUCUCCUGGGAAUCAAGUGUCGAACAAUACACAAGCGAAGGAGGUACUUCAAGAAACUCUGUUUUGAGGCAAAUUCGGGAACUGAAGCAGUGGUUGCAAAAUUAUAACGCAAGCAUUUGCGAUAAUAAAUGAGAAUAUUACGAUCAAAACGUCUCAUGGUCAUUUCACUAAACUAAUAAAAGUAAAGGAAAUCCUUUAAAACAUCUUUUUGGGCUCAAAUUCGUCCAAUUAUUUCAAAAUGCCUAAAUCUUCAUCAACUGUAUAGAUGUUAUCAAAAUAAAUAAACUAAUAAUAUUA